UAGUGUUUGCAACUAGCAGGAAGCAGCACUUUAUAAUUAAACUUAGGAUCAGAAAGUUUAAGUGUUUUGUCCCUUAUGCAUGUAAAAAUCGUUUUAAAAAACGAUUUUAGUGUAAAGAUUAGUAACUAUAUACCUAAAUAAUUAAUGUGUGACGAUCAUAAUAAGAUUCAUUAUGCUUUUUUAUGCAAUAUUAAUGCUUAUGUUAAAUAAUGCCAUAACAGUAGAAUCUAAAACUAUCAAUGACGUUGCUGUAGACACAACAAAUCAAGAGUUUGAUAACGGAUCUCCCACAUCCGUUUUUUGGUGGAAAACUGAUUCGCAAAAUAUUGAUACGUUCACUAAGCUUUACGAAGGUCUCUUAGUAACAAUUUCUCUAAAAGAUAUCGUAUACAACGAUACCCAGCUUAGUGAUGCUACUUUGAAUGAUCAAGUUGUUAUAUACGUAACAAACGAAAAUGAAUUUAGUGUAAUCUUAAUGAUAAUAAAUAAGCGACGCGUAAAACCAAUUCGUGUUAUACUAGUUAUUAUGGAGACAAUUGAUGACAUCAAUAUCCGCAUGAAAGAAUUUACAAAAACUGCGUGGGACAAUGAUGUUGCAGAUAUUAUAAUUAUCAGUACAAAUUUGAAAAAUGAAAUAGUUUUGAACACUUUCAUACCUUAUUCUGACGGGCAUUGUGGAGACUAUACGCCUGUUGCAUUAAGCGCAAACCAACCUAAGUUAUUCAGCAAUAAAUUUCAUAAUUUUCAUAAAUGCCCGAUAAGGAUGAGAGCAUUUAUUUUGCCGCCCUAUGUAAUGCAUGAAAAGAGAAGUGACUCAAUAAAAACUGUGAGAGGAUUCGACGCUGAUGUUAUGAAGUUUAUAUUAGAACAAAUGAAUGCAACUAUUAUAGUUAUAUCUGAUGAUAAAAUUAAUAACACAAUUUUUAAUUUUGCUAAUGUAUCGCUAUCAGAAAAUUUGGGUGAUUUAACAAACAAUCUUGCUGACGUUGCAGUGCCUCCUUUCAUCAUUAACAAUAGACGGUACGCAGUUGCUCAGGCGUUUUAUGCGUGCUACAAUAUACCAGUUAUUUGGUGUGCACCAAGACAACGAGAAAUUUAUGCAUGGGCUAAAGUUAUUUUGCCGUUUUUAUCUCGUAUAUCACCUCUUAUCUUCUUAUCAUUUGUGGCGUUUUGGGCAAGUAUCAAAUUGAUACAAAGAUUUGGAAAAUUUAAGAAAGAAACAAAAGGUUUGUUAUUGGCAAGCUUUGCAUUAUACAUGGGUCAGGGAGUAACAUUUGAAACACAACAUUGGUUGAAUAAUGUGGUGUUUAUGAUGUGGAUAUGGUAUUGCACUAUCAUGCGUAUUGUAUAUCAAGGAGAUUUGAUUGAUGGAUUGCAUAAUGUAAUUUUAGAGCCUCCCUUAAGGACUCUAAAUGACGCCUUACAAGCACUUGAUGAAGUCGUGGGCCUAUCUGUUGCCGUAGACUUAUACGAUAACAUGUCUAUUGAGAGGCGGUUUAAGCCAGUGCAAAACAAAGAAAUACCUUAUUAUCUAAAAAGAAUUUCACACGGUGAACGAAUUCUAUUAGCUGUAAAUAAGAUUCUAGUAUCAUAUAGUAAAUACAAAGUACAAAUAUUAGAAGAAAAUGUUAGCACUUUUAAAGUUUACUUCUUUGUGAGACCACGGUGGGGAGCUUUUGAAGAACUACAUCGAACCAUGAUUCGGAUAACUGAAGUGGGUUUUCAAUGGCAAAUUUACCAAGUAUAUAUUAACGAGUGGCUGAGGAGCGGCGGUCGUGAUUAUUAUACUGAAGAAAAAAGUACUGCAUUGAAUAUGGCCAUAUUAAUAUCUUGUUUCUAUGGAUUGAUAGCUUUAUAUGUGGUUUGUUUCCUCGUAUUUUGUUUCGAAAUUUUGUGGUUUAAGAUAUCAAAGAAACCGUUCGCAGAUAUCGUUAGAGACGACAGAGUUUAUUAA